GAAAAUAGAUCCGGCCGGGCGGGGUCGAGGUGGGCCCUGUGCGGUGUUCCUCCGCGGAAGGAGGUGGGGCUCAAAUAGCGGCGAUCAGAGGACCCGGGGCAGUUGGCCGGAGACCGAAUACGGAGGCGGGAAACGGAGAACGGAGGCGAGGGUGGCCCUGAGCGUCUGCGAGAAGAAGCAGAUCUUUGGGGGGAGACCUGGGAGCCAGUGAAUUUCUGAUCGCCUGGGUGGGUGGUCGACACCAGCAUCCCGCCCAGCCCCGUCCACGGAAGCCUCACCGAGGAGCUCACAGUGAGAACCACGAUGUCCAACCCCUUCCUGAAGCAGGUCUUCAACAAAGACAAGACCUUCCGCCCCAAGCGCAAGUUUGAGCCAGGCACCCAGCGGUUCGAGUUGCACAAGAAGGCGCAGGCCUCGCUGAACGCGGGGCUGGACCUGAAGCUGGCCGUGCAGCUGCCCGCCGGCGAGGAGCUCAAUGACUGGGUGGCAGUGCACGUGGUGGACUUCUUCAACCGCGUCAACCUCAUCUACGGCACCAUCAGCGAUGACUGCACCGAGCAGUCCUGCCCGAUCAUGUCCGGCGGCCCCAAGUACGAGUACCGCUGGCAGGACGAGCACAGGUUCCGCAAGCCCACGGCCCUGUCGGCCCCGCAGUACAUGGACCUGCUCAUGGACUGGAUCGAGGUGCAGAUCAACAACGAAGACCUCUUCCCCACCAGCGUGGGCACGCCGUUCCCCAAGAACUUCUUGCAGGUGGUGAAGAAGAUCCUGUCCCGGCUGUUCCGCGUGUUCGUGCACGUCUACAUCCACCACUUCGACCGCAUCGCACAGAUGGGCUCCGAGGCGCACGUCAACACCUGCUACAAGCACUUCUACUACUUCGUCAAGGAGUUCGGCCUCAUAGACACCAAGGAGCUGGAGCCACUGAAAGAAAUGACCGCACGGAUGUGCCACUGAGAACCUUUUGGCCCCAUUGUCACCGAGGCAGUGCUGGGGACACUCCGACUUGAUGGCCACCUUCCUGGAAUAUAGACUAUGCUUUCUGCCUCAGCAGGUCACUGACCUCCACAGUGGUCAGACAGCAACCUCUGUGCCCCCAAUGCUGCACUGGACACUGGGGUUGAGUCCUGCCUCUGAUUCUGAGGUGACAGCAGGCCCAGCCUCCAGAGUUCCACAGGGGGAGAUUGAACUUGAACUCUGAUUCUGUGUGCCGUGAGCCACUAGGAAAAUCUACUUUAUCUAUAAAGCACUUGGAUCUGCCCGGAGGCCGGAGCUCUACCUGUCCCCUGAUGCCCCUAGCGUGCUUGGCCUGGGAGAGCACAGGCCACACGGGCUCUGGGUCAGCGAGACCAGGGCCCGCCGCUGCUGCGCCUUCCAGCCUCAGUCCUCAUAGCACGCUUCCCGCAGCCCCGUGUCUGUGUCAUGAGAGGAACAGUGUGGCCCUGGCUCCACCCCCCCCCCAGUCCCCUCUGUUCCUUCAGUUCCUCCAAAACACCUGGCCCAUCUGCCAGGGUUUCCCAGACCCCACAUCUGCACCCCAGAUUUCCUGGGGCCACUUCACAUAUCAUUAAGAUUGAGUUUUUAUGCAGUCUUAAUGACAGCCACCUUGAGAUGUUGAGAAAAAACAGCUUUUUAUUCAUAAAUAGUGAACUCACCUCCCCUCUAGACAAACACUCUUCUGUUACGAAUAACCCAGGGUGACCCUUCCAUAGAGUCUUUCCCAGGUUUGGGGUUGUUGAACUUGGCCUUUCUUAAGGUGCCUGCCCAAUUUAUAUGAAACCCUUGAUGUGGCCCCCUGUGGCCAGGGGACCAGAGUCCCAGUACCGUCUCCCCAAAGAACAGUGGCAGCUCUUCCCACCCAACCCCACCUACCUCUGAGGACCUCUGGGUGUCUGGGAUGCCCCAGAAUAGAGGGGCACCACACAAGUGCAGUUAACACGACCUCAGCCUAGUCCCUCUGGACACUCUCCAGCUCUCGGAUCCCUGGGCAUGCAGACCCCACAGAACUACAGAAGACCAUCCAAUCAAAUGUAGCUCUUUUUAAAUACAAAACCACAACGAAAUGCCAAAACCACUGUACCCCUCCUGGGUCACCACCAGCUCUUCCCCACAGCCAGGCCGGGUUGGGGAAGGUGGUGGGGACUGUGGGGUGAGAAGGGGCCCCUCUCCACUCUCUUGUGCCUGCAGAUGUUCACAUGAACAUAGAAUAAAUUGUGCCAUUUUCAUA